UCUCUCUCUUAAUCUUUCUCCUCACUCCACGUGACGCAAAAUCACAAAAAAGUACACCUCUGUUUGAUUCUAUUAUUACCUUUCUUUCUUUCUUUUCCCUCGCACUUCCUCACUCCACUCCACUACACCCCAUUCAUCCCAACUGGCCCCACUCUUCGUCCCUACAACCCUUCUCUAAGGCCCCUAUUCUUUCUCUCAGUUUAACUUUUCUCUUUCUCCCCUCUUGAGCUUCUUAUAUAAAAUGCAGCAUGGACGUACACCGUCGGCUUCAUCAUGGACGCCGCAUUCCGUAUUAAGUAAUAAUGGCGGCUCAGUUUCGUCCGGAUCUCCCAUUAAUUCACCCCAUGCUUCGCCUUUGCAUUCACCCUAUGCUUCACCCUCAGAAUCGCCACGAGAACAGCUCCAUAACCAGUUUGCUCGGCAAAUGUCGUUGCAACCACCCACGACGACAGCGACAUCCACUCAGCAGUCGCAACAGCAGUCUUCUUCUACUGCUUCGUCGUCGUCUUCUUCAAAGCAAGGCAGUAGUGGCAACACUUUUGUGCACAAAUUGUACAACAUGGUGGUCGAUAAGCAGUAUCAACAUCUGAUUGCAUGGACAUACACAGGAACAUCGUUUAUUGUAUGCAACAUUACCGAAUUUUCGCGAGACGUCCUCCCCAAACAUUUCAAGCACAAUAACUUUUCGAGCUUUGUACGGCAAUUGAACAUGUACGGAUUUCACAAGGUGAACAAAUCGCCGCGCGGGCAUCGAGCAUUGGCGGAGAACCAGAUAUGGGAAUUUUCGCACCCAAAGUUUUUGCGAGGACGAGGAGACAUGCUGGAUGAGAUCAAGCGGAAAGCAUUGGAAUCGGAUGUAGUGAGACGAGACAAUGGGGAUAUUAGCUCGCAUUUAGCAGUGAUGCAGGUGGCUCAGUCGGAUAUGAUGCAGCAAUUGGCCCACCUUCAGGAAAACUUUUCAGAAAUCGUGCGUGAGUUGGCUGAUACGCGCCGGAGGCAGAUGGCUCAACAACAGUUGAUUAAGCAAAUGCUGGACUAUUUGACCCAUCAGCAAGGCGCUCCUUUACAAGUGCCAAGCGACUUCAAUUUUGAUGGUUAUAACAAUAUCAAGCCUGACCCAGAACAGCAGCCACCGCCCAUCUACAUCACUUCACCCGACACUUCGCAUCAUCACCAGCAAAUGCAGAAUAUGUACUUGGGCUCGGGUCAAGAACACUCCCCAUCUCCUUCACCACCCCCACAACCACACACGCCGCCAUUACCGCCACAACAACAACAUCAUCAUCCUCAUCAACAACAGCAGCAUAUACAGCAACAACACAUACAGCAACAGCAUAUACAGCAGCAGCAGCAGCAUAUACAACACCAGCAGCAGCAUAUACAACACCAGCAGCAACAACAUCAAGGCAUUCCAUCUCGACCCGCUGUACCAUUGACCGUACAGACACAAAACCUACAACAGUCUACUCGAUUACACAUCUCACCCACGUCUGUACAUACCAUAGAAUCGGCACAGUCAUCUCCUCAGCAACAACAACUUACCCCACAUCAAUUGGCUAUCCAAACACCCUUACCCCCAAGCCCAAGCCCUACUGCUUUUCUGUCAGACGAUGAGGCAGCGAGUCUAUACAGCCCGCAUAGCCCGCAUACACCUAGUGUCAUGACACAUAGUAAUAGCAGUGGCCACUUGGCUACCGAUGGUUUUGGUUUACAAACACCAUCCGGUCUCAAUGUACAACAGUUAGGAUACAACAAUAUGCAGAGCUAAAAUACAAUAUAUUACACAAUGCAUACAUUCACA